UGAUGGUUGUUCAGCGACGUCUAGUAUCCAGCACACUAAACUGUUUGGAAAGUUAAAACGUUAAAGUUUGUUUUGUUCAACGAUACCAUCAGAAAACUACCCAUCACUUUUCCGUCUCUUAUAAUUUGUAGAAAACAUGAAUACUUAAGGUGCAUCAACUAUGCGUCAUUCUGUGUAUUGGUGGAUACUUCUGCUUUGUCUUCGUUCAGUUGUAUCAGGUCUAGACACAUCGUCAGUGCGCUUGGUGAAUGGUUCAAACGACCACGAGGGAAGAGUUGAAAUAUUGCAUGACGGACAAUGGGGUUCAAUCUGUGAUGACGAAUUUAAUGACAACGGGGCUCAGGUUGUCUGUCGCAGCUUAGGAUUCCAGAGUUUCAAUGCAAACUUCUAUCGUCAAGCUCACUUCGGACAAAGCACAGGACCGAUAUGGCUUGCUAAUGUUAACUGUAUGGGCAGCGAACAAAACCUGGAUCAGUGUUCUUUCCCUGGCUGGGGAAUACACGACUGUGUACACAGAGAAGACGUCGGAGUCAGAUGUCAGAUGUCUGUACGGUUAGUGAGCGGAUCAGGAAUUUCAAGCCAAGGCAGAGUUGAGAUUCAGAUCAACGGAACUUGGGGAACUGUCUGUGAUAAUGGAUUUAAUAGCAAGGAUGCUGCAGUCAUCUGCGCCAUGAUGGGAUUCAGUCGAUACGGAGCACGAGCUAUAAGUGAAGCAGGCUUCGGAAAAGGUGCUGGACCAAUCUUCUUCGAUGACUUAGCUUGCAAAGGGAAUGAGUUACUUAUCACAGACUGCCCAGGGAACCCUGUUGGGGACCACAAGUGUCAACACAAUGAAGAUGCGGGUGUCAUAUGUCAGACGACAGGUGUACGCUUGGUGAAUGGUGCUACCAGAUAUGAAGGAAGAGUUGAAGUAUUUCAUGAUAAUAGAUGGGGUUCAGUUUGUGAUGAUGGUUUUCAUCAGAAGGAGGCGGCUGUUAUCUGUCGCAGUUUGUCAUUGCCAAGUCAUAAUGCACAGGUAUAUGGAAGUGGUCACUUUGGACGAAGUGUGGAACCGAUAUUGCUAAAGAAUUUUUACUGUGAGGGAUAUGAACAGCACCUGGAUCAGUGUUACUUCAGUUCCUGGUACAACUCUGACUGUCACCAUGGAAACGAUGUAGGAGUCAGCUGUCAAUUUGGUCCUGACUCGGUUACAUUCAGUCCACCAACACCUGGAUUAGUUCUAGAAGGAGAGAGUCUGAAUAUCACCUGUGUUGCUGAGUGCCACCCACCUUGUUCCUAUUUCUGGGCACCGGGGAGUCCACACUUCACUUCCAGACCUGUGUUGACACUGUCAAACAUCAACAUGAGUCAAACGGGUAGUACAUAUACAUGUACAGCAAAGAAUAUUGGCUCAGAUACAUCUAGAAGUAACAGAUUCUUGCUAAUAGUCCACAGUACGCCGGGUAUUCCCUCUAACAUCAGCACACGCAACAUCAGUCCAACUGUUGUGUCUGUAACUUGGGUAGAGGAAUUCAAUGGUGGAGCAGCACAGAUGUUUCUGGUACAAUACCGAGGAGAUGCAACAUCGCAGUGGACGAAUUUUACUGAAAUAGUUUCUGAAAGAGGCAUGGGCAUAAAGCACACUAUUCUGAUACCAGAUCUACAUCCAAAGACAAGAUAUCUGGUGCGAGUUCUCGCUUUUAACAAAUAUGGAUACAAAGACUACACAGAGGAACAUGAGAUUUUGACAGCAGUUGGUCCGGACUUGGUUUCAUUCAGUCCACCCACACCUGGAUUAGUUCUAGAAGGAGAGAGUCUGAAUAUCACCUGUCUUGCUGAAUGUCACCCACCUUGUUCCUAUUCCUGGGCACCGGGGAGUCCACACUUCACUUCCAGACCUGUGUUAACACUGUCAAACAUCAACAUGAGUCAAACGGGUAGUACAUAUACAUGUACAGCAAAGAAUAUUGGCUCAGAUACAUCUAGAAGUAACAAAUUCUUGCUAAUAGUCCACAGUACGCCGGGUAUUCCCUCUAACAUCAGCACACGCAGCAUCAGUCCAACUGCUGUGUCUGUAACUUGGGUGGAGGAAUUCAAUGGUGGAGCAGCACAGAUGUUUCUGGUACAAUACCGAGGAUAUGCAACAUCGCAGUGGACGAAUUUUACUGAAAUAGUUUCUGAAAGAGGCAUGGGCAUAAAGCACACUAUUCUGAUACCAGAUCUACAUCCAAAGACAAGAUAUCUGGUGCGAGUUCUCGCUUUUAGCAAAUAUGGAUACAAAGACUACACAGAGGAACAUGAGAUUUUGACAGCAGUUGGUCCGGACUCGGUUACAUUCAGUCCACCCACACCUGGAUUAGUUCUAGAAGGAGAGAGUCUGAAUAUCACCUGUCUUGCUGAAUGCCACCCACCUUGUUCCUAUUCCUGGUCACCGGGGAGUCCACACUUCACUUCCAGACCAGUGUUAACACUGUCAAACAUCAACAUGAGUCAAACGGGUAGUACAUAUACAUGUACAGCAAAGAAUAUUGGCUCAGAUGCAUCUAGAAGUAACAAAUUCUUGCUAAUAGUCCACAGUACGCCGGGUACUCCCUCUAACAUCAGCACACGCAGCAUCAGUCCAACUGCUGUUUCUGUAACUUGGGUGGAGGAAUUCAAUGGUGGAGCAGCACAGAUGUUUCUGGUACAAUACCGAGGAUAUGCAACAUCGCAGUGGACGAAUUUUACUGAAAUAGUUUCUGAAAGAGGCAUGGGCAUAAAGCACACUAUUCUGAUACCAGAUCUACAUCCAAAGACAAGAUAUCUGGUGCGAGUUCUCGCUUUUAACAAAUAUGGAUACAAAGACUACACAGAGGAACAUGAGAUUUUGACAGCAGUUGGCCCGGACUCGGUUACAUUCAGUCCACCCACACCUGGAUUAGUUGUAGAAGGAGAGAGUCUGAAUAUCACCUGUCUUGCUGAAUGCCACCCACCUUGUUCCUAUUCCUGGUCACCAGGGAGUCCACACUUCACUUCCAGACCUGUGUUAACACUGUCAAACAUCAACAUGAGUCAAACGGGUAGUACAUAUACAUGUACAGCAAAGAAUAUUGCCUCAGAUGCAUCUAGAAGUAACAAAUUCUUGCUAAUAGUCCACAGUACGCCGGGUAUUCCCUCUAAUAUCAGCACACGCAGCAUCAGUCCAACUACUGUGUCUGUAACUUGGGUGGAGGAAUUCAAUGGUGGAGCAGCACAGAUGUUUCUGGUACAAUACCGAGGAUAUGCAACAUCGCAGUGGACGAAUUUUACUGAAAUAGUUUCUGAAAGAGGCAUGGGCAUAAAGCACACUAUUCUGAUACUAGAUCUACAUCCAACGACAAGAUAUCUGGUGCGAGUUCUGGCUUUUAACAAAUAUGGAUACAAAGACUACACAGAGGAACAUAAGAUUUUGACAGCAGUUGGUCCGGACUCGGUUACAUUCAGUCCACCCACACCUGGAUUAGUUAUAGAAGGAGAGAGUCUGAAUAUCACCUGUCUUGCUGAAUGCCACCCACCUUGUUCCUAUUCCUGGGCACCGGGGAGUCCACACUUCACUUCCAGACCUGUGUUAACACUGUCAAACAUCAACAUGAGUCAAACGGGUAGUACAUAUACAUGUACAGCAAAGAAUAUUGGCUCAGAUACAUCUAGAAGUAACACAUUCUUGCUAAUAGUCCACAGUACGCCGGGUAUUCCCUCUAACAUCAGCACACGCAGCAUCAGUCCAACUGCUGUGUCUGUAACUUGGGUGGAGGAAUUCAAUGGUGGGGCAGCACAGAUGUUUCUGGUACAAUACCGAGGAUAUGCAACAUCGCAGUGGACGAAUUUUACUGAAAUAGUUUCUGAAAGAGGCAUGGGCAUAAAGCACACUAUUCUGAUACCAGAUCUACAUCCAAAGACAGGAUAUCUGGUGCGAGUUCUGGCUUUUAACAAAUAUGGAUAUAAAGACUACACAGAGGAACAUAAGAUUUUGACAGCAGUUGGCCCGGACUCCGUUACAUUCAGUCCACCCACACCUGGAUUAGUUGUAGAAGGAGAGAGUCUGAAUAUCACCUGUCUUGCUGAAUGCCACCCACCUUGUUCCUAUUCCUGGGCACCGGGGAGUCCACACUUCACUUCCAGACCUGUGUUAACACUGUCAAACAUCAACAUGAGUCAAACGGGUAGUACAUAUACAUGUACAGCAAAGAAUAUUGGCUCAGAUACAUCUAGAAGUAACAAAUUCUUGCUAAUAGUCCACAGUACGCCGAGUAUUCCCUCUAACGUCAGCACACACUGCAUCAGUCCAACUGUUGUGUCUAUAACUUGGGUAGAGGAAUUCAAUGGUGGAUCAGCACAGAUGUUUCUAGUACAAUACGGAGGAAAUGCAACAUCGCAGUGGACGAAUUUUACUGAAAUAGUUUCUGAAAGAGGCAUCGACACAAAGCACACUAUCUGGAUACUAGAUCUACAUCCAAAGACAAGAUAUCUGGUGCGAGUUUUGGCCUUUAACAAAUAUGGAUACAAAGACUUCACAGAGGAACAGGAAAUUUUGACAGCAGAAGCAUCUGAUAGAUUGAACGUGUCGACAGCGACUGUGCCUAAUAAACUGGAUAUGUUGCCAGUGGCUAUAGGCAGUGUAUCCGGAUUAAUCAUCUUGAUUCUGCUUCUUGUUGUUGGUAUUUUAGUCUCUCGAAGAAGCAACAAUAAUGAUACGACGAGGAGGAAGGAUCUUACGUUACAGUCCAGGUAGGAGAAACCCAAGACCAGUUUACACAGACUAAGACAUAUUCAUGACACGUGUGCUGUACAUCGCCUCAGAAGACAAACGGAAAAGAUGAAUAUCACUAUAAUGAUGACGUUAAUCAGAAAUAUUUAACAUGACUAUUUAUGUACUUUUACUGUUAUUAUCAGUUACUGUUGUGCAAGCUUUCGUUUGCGAAAAUCUCCAUAUUAGUAAAACAAUUUGUUCUGAAUAUUUCUUCGAUAUCUUAUAAACAGAACUGAAUAUUCAUCAGGAUUUUAGAGAGAAUUUAGAGAAAAUCAGACGUCAUUUCAGUCAAACGAGCACAUCACACAAAUUAAAUAUGGAGGCCCGGUCAUAUGUCAUCAUUUUGGCACUACAGAUUUGGUUUGAUUGUAAUUGAAAAAGUGCAGUUUUCACGUUCAUGGAAGAAUGAACGUUGUUUUGGUUUUUUUAAAUCACGUGAUAGCAUUUUAACCAAUCAAGACGCCUAUUACAAAACAGUAAUUGUAAAAUGGAAUUAUUUCACUGUAAUUGUGUUACACGUAUGGUGACAUCCUGCACUUCAAAACUUCCUGGAUCUGCGCCUGGAAGAAUGGACGGGUUUUUUUUUUUAGAUCACGUGAUAGCAUUUUAACCAAUCAAGACGCCUAUUACAAAACAGUAAUUAUAAAAUGGAAUUAUUUCACUAUAAUUGUGUUACAGGUAUGGUGACAACCUGCGCUUCAAAACUUCCUGGAUCCGCGCCUGCAUGAUACCCUUAGAGGUUUAGAGACUUUCAUAAUAAACUGUUGGACGACCUAUAGAUUUAGCGUUUAUUAAACGAUUGCCGAUUUAGUUACAGACUGUUAUGUGCUUAAUUAAAGAUUACUCGAUUAAAAACAAUAAUAAUUUUAAAAAUUUUAAUACUAAUUUUAUUUUAGUUUACCGAAAUCAGUUCGGGUCUAUCCUGAUAUAUGUUCAGUAGGACAUAUUCAUGACACGUGUGCUGUACAUCGCUUCAGAAAACAAGCGGAAGAGAUGAAUAUGACUAUAAUGAUGACGUUAAUCAGAAAAAUUUAACAGAACUCUUUAUGUAUUUUUACUGUUAUUAUCCGUUACUGUUGUGCAAUCUUUUGUUUGUGAAAAUCUCCAUAUUUGUAAAUUGUUUUGUUUAUUAAUAUUUCUCCGAUAUCUUAUAAACAGAACUGAAUAGUUGCCUCCUGUAUGAUAUUCAUCAGGAUUUUAGAGAGAAUUUAGAGAAAAUCUGACGUCAUUUCAGUCAAACGAGCACAUCACACAAAUUAAAUUCAGUCAAACGAGCACAUCACACAAAUUAAAUUCAGUCAAACGAGCACAUCACACAAAUUAAAUAUGGCUGCCCGGUCAUAUGACAUAAUUUUGGCAGUAACGAUUUGGAUUGAUUAUAAUCGAGUGAUUAGCAACACAUAUCUUAUUAUUAAUACUACUACACUUUCUCUUUCUCGUCCUAUUAGUGUGGUUUCUUGUUGUUGGUUGUUGGGUUUGUUUUUGUUGUUGUUUGUUUUUUGUUGCCGUUUUUUGUUGUUGUUUUUAGUUUUCACUUUAUUUUAUUGUUUUGUUGUUGUUUGUUUGUUUUUAUUUUCUUUUUUCAUUUAUUUUGUUAUCUCAGCGGUGAGUCUAUUGCCUAACAAAAACACAAAUAACCAUGGCAAUGUUCAAUGAUUGUAUUGUGUUAAUGCACUUUUGACAGUACUGUAUGAAACAGGAGUCACAGUAACUACGGAUACGGAACGUUUUACGAUCAGGUAUAAUCGGCCAUUUCUGUCAGAAAACUUUCAUUGUAAUCUCAUAAAGGCAAAGCAUGAAGCGAGUGGAAUCACCAUGUGUCCGGAAGACAACGCCUACCAUUCUUCUCACCCACCCCACCCCACCCUACCCCAUCCAACCCCACGAUUCUUGAAGAAAUAUUAUUGUGCUUGGCCUUCCUAUUACAAGUUUGUAGAUUUAUUCAUUAAAAUCAAAGAAAAUUGUAUUAGAUAUAUCAAAAUUUAUUUAUGUUGCAAUGCAAAGACGUAAAACGUUCUUGUUUCCUCCUCUACUACCACUACUAUAUUAUUAACAUUACCACUACUACCACUAACAUUAUUAUUAAUUAAUAAUUAAUUAAUAAUUAAUUCUUAUAUACAUUUCCAUGUUUUAUAUUUACUAAAAUGUUUAAAUGUAGUUUGUUACCAUAUUUUACUUAACACUAUUGUAUGCAAUGUAUCUUGUACGUUUUAUCCAAGGGUAUAAUAAACUUAUUAAUUGAU